AUGGGACGCUUUUUGCUGCUAGGGGCGCCCCAAAUUUCGAGGCAUCCGCCCAUUCCACUUCCCUUUUCCACUGGAGUGAAAGACACAACGUACCCACCAUUAUUUCCCUCCAGGGACCGUAGACUCUUAUGCUUCUCUAGCCGCUUGUACGUUAGACCAACUGAUGCCCAUAAAGGUUCUUUUGAAAAGGUCUCCGCACUCAGGGAGUCCGUGCCGUUUUCAUCGGUCCGUUCAAAUGGAGAACGUCCCCAAGUGUCCUCUGGAGAAGUCCCUUCAAGAAGUGCAGGAGAGGGGACCAAAUCCACAGGGAAGCUCCAUACUGGUGACUUGGGUGCCGUGGCUGCUGAACGCUCUCGUGUAUCUUUGUUUGAGUUUUUGGCGUUUCUAAAGGACGAGAAGUUUCGGGUAGCUGGGAUCAUGUUUGCACUGCUCCUGAGUAGUGGUGCUCAGCUGCUCCUGCCGCUAGCCGUAGGCAAGCUUGUUGAUGCCGUCACACAAACCACCGGGGACCAGCAUCAAAAGCAGCAGCAACAACAGCAACAGGAAGUAGCGCAGCUGCAACAACGGGAGGGCGAACAGCAGGACCAGCGUCGAGAAGAUUCAUUCCACCGCCAGAGUAGUGUGACGGAAGGCUCCAAUAAAAUGACAGCAGCAACGGACACGCCCUCCUCACCGGCGACAACAGCAGCAGGCAAACCGCCUCCUGUGGUCGGAACAGGGAAGCCAGAAAUAGCAACAGCAACGGAGCCCAGCUGGAGGGGACUUACGGGUGUUUUUGAGGAGAAUCUGAAGACGCCUGGCGCCCGUUUGGGUAUCUGCGUUGCUUUGGGAGCCGUCGGGGCUGUGACAUCUUUCACCCGACUUUAUCUCCUUGAGUCAACUAUUGAACGGGUCGCUUGCCGUCUUCGCUCCACUUUGUUUUGGCGGCUACUCCAUCAAACAACACAGCAUUCACAACAACAGCAGCUAGGGUCCCUAGUGAAGCAUCUUUCCCAAGAUGUUGUGACAGCGAGCAGAAUUUUAGUGGACGUGUCCUUUGGGCUUCGUUGCCUGCUGACAUCUGUCGUUGGGAUCUGCCUUUGUUGGGCUGCAACCCCUUUGUUUUUCCUAAUGUCUCUGCUGCUGCCGAUUGCUGCCGCGACGGCCGCGCUGCGGCUUUCAGCAAAAUCCGUCGCGAAGCUACAGCAGCAGCACAGCAGAGCUCUACAGGUGGCGUUUCAGCGCGCAACAGUGGCCCUCAACUCGAGGAGGCAACUAAGAAGUCUCAAUGGAGAGGCUGUGGAAGCUAAGGCUUUCGACAUGGCGCUGGAGGGCGUCUUGGCUGCAGCUAAGAAGAGCGCCGUUGCAAUUGGCUGUCGCCACGCGUUUGUAUUUGCUGCUGGUUCGAGUCUGCUGGUGCAUCUUGUGCACUCUGCCGCAUCACUCGUUGCCCAAGGUUUGUUCCCUACACCUACUUCCCACUAUCACUGGCUAUUCCCAUGUCCAGUCCCGCUGCAAGCCUUUGCCUAUCCUAUAUCUCCUAUCAAACAACCUGGUCUUGUUUAUUGCACGCGCUACCGCACCGGAUACAUUGCAGUCGUGACGUUUACGAUGGCACUUUCUGCGAAUGCUGUAGGUGUCCUGACGGGAGGCCAAGUUAUGUCGCUUGCGCUAUAUUCGGCCUUUGUGGGCUCGUCUAUCCAGGGUUGCGUUACAGCCUGGAGCGACAUUUCCCGUUCUGUUGCUGCGGCGGGAGAUAUGCUCCAGCUGCUCCUGCGGUCGCCUUCCCCUCUCCUUACUUCCCCAUUAGAUUAUCAAGCAGAGCUGACACGAUUUAAGGAAGCCCUUAAGCACCAAGAGGAACAAGAGGCAACGGUAACGAUGCCAGCAGCUGUCGGAUCUGCUCGGAGAAAGGUUCCAGCAGUGGAGUUUAGAGAUGUGUGGCUGUCGUAUCCUGACAGAGGAGGCCGUUGGGCACUCAAGGGUCUAAGCUUUCAAGUGCCCCCUGGCUCUCUCGUAGCUGUCACAGGUCCGAGUGGAAGUGGCAAGAGUUCGUUAGGUGCCCUUUUGCUGCGACUGUUCGAGCCCCAAAGAGGAAACAUUUAUUUGGAAGGGCUUCCCAUACGCGCAUUUGACGAGCGCUUUAUACGAUCUCUUGUAAUCCCCGUGCUCCAGGAUUCGGUGCUGUUCUCCGGCAAGUCUCUAGAAGCCCAGAUUCUUUAUGGGCAGUUGGCGCAGCAAGAAUUAUCCGGAGCAGAGGGCCCGAAGCUGACUGUCUCUUCCGCUUGUGAUGCUGCAUGCGUAUCCCCUUUCGCUGCGGCUCUUCCAAAGGGCCUCCAGACGCCGUUAGGCGAGCGCGGUGCCGUUCUCUCUGGUGGCCAAAGGCAGCGCGUAUGCCUCGCCAUGGCCCUGUACCGGCUGGAGUGCGCCCAGAGGGCGUUGGAAGGAACUAAGGGCUCUCGCGUGCCUUGUUUGUUAUUCCUGGAUGAAGCCACGUCUUCUUUGGAUGCAGACACAGAGCGUCAGGUCCUGUUAAAUCUAAAGAAGAGGCUGCACGGGGAAACUUGCCUCUUCAUAGUCCACCGACCCGGGGUAUUAGAGAUAUCGGACCACAUUAUGGUAUUAGACGAUGGCCGUGUAAUACAGUUUGGCCCCAAAGAAGAGGUUCUUAGAAGCCCAUGCCUUCCACUGCAGUGGCUCGUAUCCGGAGCAAUUCCUAGUAGGUCUGCACUCAUACCUGACGCCCCCGUAACAGCUACAGGAGAGUAA